CAGGGGCGGCUCUCGCCCCCUCCAUAAAGCGGCCGCUGGUGCCGGGCACUGCUGAGCGGGGCGGUCCCGGCCCAGCCCGGCCAUGCAGGCGGCGGUCCGGCGCGGGGGCUCGCUGGAGGCGCCCGGCCCGCGGGAGGCGGCCGGACAGCUAAAUAAGUCAAAUUACAUAAUGAUUGAAGAUAAUAAAGAGAAUGAAGACCAUGCAUCUGAAAGAGGAAGAACAGCCAUAAUUUUUUCCUUGAAGAAUGAAGUUGGAGGACUUGUAAAAGCAUUAAAACUCUUUCAGGAGAAGCAUGUAAAUCUGGUACACAUUGAGUCACGGAAGUCCAAGAGACGAAAUUCUGAGUUUGAGAUCUUUGUUGACUGUGACAGUAACAGGGAACAACUGAAUGAGAUCUUCCAGCUCCUGAAAUCCCAUGUCAACGUUGUCUCUAUGAACCCAACAGAGCAUUUCAAUGUCCAGGAAGACGACAUGGAGAAUGUCCCUUGGUUUCCAAAGAAGAUCUCAGAUUUGGAUAAGUGUGCAAACAGAGUGCUGAUGUACGGGUCCGAUUUGGAUGCUGACCAUCCAGGUUUCAAAGACAAUGUUUAUCGCAAGAGGCGAAAGUAUUUUGCAGACCUUGCUAUGAACUAUAAACAUGGUGACCCAAUUCCUAAGAUUGAAUUCACUGAGGAGGAGAUCAAGACUUGGGGGACUGUGUACCGAGAGCUUAACAAGCUUUACCCAACUCAUGCCUGCAGGGAGUACCUUAAAAACUUACCCUUGCUCACCAAAUACUGUGGGUACAGAGAAGACAAUAUCCCCCAGCUGGAAGAUGUGUCUCGUUUUCUGAAAGAACGCACAGGUUUUACCAUUCGCCCCGUUGCUGGAUAUCUAUCGCCCAGAGACUUCUUGGCAGGAUUAGCGUUCCGAGUUUUUCACUGCACUCAAUACGUUAGACACAGCUCGGACCCUCUCUAUACACCAGAGCCUGAUACCUGCCAUGAGCUCCUAGGCCAUGUCCCUCUUUUGGCUGAACCCAGUUUUGCUCAGUUCUCCCAGGAAAUUGGACUUGCUUCACUUGGGGCAUCAGAUGAGGCUGUCCAAAAACUGGCAACAUGCUACUUCUUCACUGUAGAGUUUGGCUUGUGCAAGCAAGAGGGACAGCUACGAGUUUAUGGGGCUGGCUUGCUCUCUUCAAUUAGUGAGCUCAAGCACUCGCUCUCUGGCAGUGCCAAGGUCAAGCCUUUUGAUCCAAAGGUCACCUGCAAGCAAGAAUGCCUCAUUACAACUUUCCAGGAGGUCUACUUUGUUUCUGAAAGUUUUGAAGAAGCAAAGGAGAAGAUGAGAGAGUUUGCAAAAACCAUCAAGCGCCCAUUUGGUGUGAAGUACAAUCCAUAUACUCAAAGUGUGCAGAUCCUGAAAGACACAAAGAGCAUUGCCAGCGUGGUGAAUGAGCUACGUCAUGAGCUGGACAUUGUCAGUGAUGCUCUCAGCAAGAUGGGCAAGCAGCUGGAAGUUUAACACCCCUGUCAGCAGCGUGGUGCACUCUUUCCUUUUCCUGCUGAUUUAUUUCUAGGCAUGUAAUGUGUUGUAUGCAGAACUCUCUCCUUUACAAAUGGAAGAGUGAAUGGCCCAUACGGAUAAUCGCUUUAUCUUGUUUCUCUGUGUGAAGUCCCUUACAGAAUGUAUUCCUCCCUCCUCCUUGGAUAAAAAAGGCCUGGAGUUGCCUUUGCGAAACUGAUGGGGGAGUAGAGAAUGCGCUAGACUGGAGCAGAAGUGUGGUCUGUGGAUCAAGGCUGGGACCAGGUGCUGCAGAAGGUGGUUUGUGAGGCAAUAAUGGAAUAAUUCGCCAUAGGGAAAUGUCUGUUUCUGACUCCAGGAAUCUAUGCUACUAAUCUGAAGGCAUUGCAGACAUCAUGGUGUAGAAGCCAUAGUAAUCAGUGCUUCUGAAUCUAUGCUACUACGUUUAAAAGUAGAAUGAUUACAACACAGGCAUCAGGACACAAAUAGCUGGAGGUUCAUGACAAAAUUGAGGGAGUCAAAUCUAACUUUCAAAGGGAUCAGUCUUGCCCCCAAAGAAUUUCAGAUGUGCUGUUUGGCUUGCUUCUCGUAUAAGGCAGAGUCACAGAGCUGCUGCAUCAAAUCCUAAUCCUGUUUAAGAGAUUGCUGUUGGCUCAGAGAGGAUUGUUGUUGCUGUCCUUGAUAUUGCACCUGGGGGAAGAACUUCCUUACAGAACUGAUUGAAUUAAUUUAGCAAAAUUAUAGCAAGACAUGAGGUACUGACUUAGCACAAAGCCUAAAACACUUUUGAAAUUACAAUUUAAUAUUCAAAUAGCUUGAUUGGUUCUAAAAUAACAUCAAAUUUUAAAAUAACAGCCAAAGUUCUUAGUCUAGUCUGGCUUUCUGUAACAUUAAGUAUCCUAUUGAUCACUUGUUCAGUUGAACCUGCACAAGCUGCAGAAUGGUAUGUUUUAUUUCUUCUUUACUAGGCCUGAAUGUCUCCAUUGUCCAUCAGACAAAUGAUAACUGCAAGGCCCAAGCAUUUCUCUGGAAUUCUGUGGCUGUGAAUGCAACAAACUGCCUUGUAGCAUAAAGUGUAUGUAAUUCCAAAGAGCACUGUACAAGUGGUGGGAAGCAGUGUCCUGCUGAAUUGUUUCUAUCACACAGUAGCCAACCUCCCAGUUUUCAGGACUCCAUAGUUUAAAGCAUCCUGCGUAUCUGUAUAAAGCUGUGUUGGCUUCUCUUUCUGCUGGCCCUGUCAAUGAAACAAAUAGACGUACAGGAUAUAUAAUAUAUUUGAAAGAUCAGUGAGGUGCAGGGUGCAUUUAAUAGCAUGCUGGGCACUGGUUCUUCAUAGGUAGAACUUAUCGGGUAGUUCAGAACUUGCCGCUGUGAAGGUCGUUGGAAAAAUGGACUGAAAACUUAAAAUACACUGGAGAUACAAGCCCAGGAGUUUGAGAACUUGAAAGGACUUUCAUGAACCUCCGCUUGAAAAUCAGUUUGAGUUUCAUAUGCUUUCUAGUAGGCCACAUCUGCUCCAUAAGCAAUCUCUGGCCCAAUCUUUCCAGAUAUACUCAUUGUUUAAAUCAAAUAUAUUGAUGCUUUCAUUUUCUUUUUUUCUGUGACUAUUAACCCACCAUAACUUUUUAAAGAGCAUUUAAGACAUUGAAACAUGGUCCACAACAUUUGCAGUUUGUUACACUUUAAAAUAAAUGUUAGGAGCUUUGUCUUUCUAAAGAAACCUUAUAAUAAGUGAGUAGUAAGGGAGGAUCAAUUUUGUCUGCUUCUGUGAUAAGUUAAUAUUCAGCUCUAUUUUAAAAAACAUUGGGAUUAUUGUGUUGUUGAAAUACACAUAGGUCUGUGUUACUUCAAAUCUUUGUCUGAACUAUGUAUACAUUUCAAGUAGGAAACUUUAUACUUGAUAAAUGAGCACCUAAUUUAGAAUACUUUGGAAAAACAGCAAUUGUUUCUUUAUUUGUACUUGCGUAGCAAAAAUUAAAGUAAACUGCUAGAAGUAAUAGAGAGAAGAUGCAUUUCUGCAGCAUUAACAACAUGUAUGGCUUCACACAUCCAAACCUUCUGGCUAUGUAGAACAGCAAUAAUUUAAAUAUUUUGAACUACUGUGGAAGUUUUAAAUGUCAAUGAAAUAAAUUACUUGUUGUUAAUUUUUGCAAGCAAAAAAAUCCUUUCAUUCAGCACUGUAGCAAUAAAAACAAAGCACCCACUUCUGA